CUCGGCGUUGCUCAUCUAUGUGCCUGUAGUCCCCUGCUUUUCCUAAUUGAAAGUGCUAUAGAUCAUUCUGUAAUGAUACUCAAGACAUUGUUGAGUCUCCGACUACAGUUUUUGAAUCAAAGCGCGAAAACUGAAUGGACUUCUCCGCGUAAGGGAUCUCCCUUCAAUAAUCGCCCUGCGGGCGCAAGUACCAUUACCGAUGUGACGCUUGCUGCGCCGGCUCCAAACUCUUGUCCUUCUUCACAUCACCUCCCCCACCACAUCUAUCAUGGCACACUCGGACUCGGAUCUUUCCUCACUCUCAUCAGCCCCGCCUACUGAUGACGAAGCAGACAUGGCCAUCGAUGAGCCCGUCGGUAUUGCUAAGUAUUUCAAGAAGGAGUCGGAGACUCCGCCGCCAAAGCGGGAGCCAUCACCACCGCAUGAAUACGUUUUGGCAGAUAAUCCUCAUAUCGCGUUCAUCGUCACCUUCCGCGCGCGUUUCCACGAAGCUUUCCCUCGAAGCCUGCCACACUUCGGACCACAAGACAUUGAGAAGGGAGUAGAGGACUCGGUCCCCGGAGAAUACAUUGAGCGCCUACUAUGCGCCCUGCUAGGACUCGUUUUGAACCGCAAGAAGGAUGUUGAACGGAAUCACUAUACGCGACCGCUAGAGGAGGCGAUUCAAGUUCAUCAAUCGCAAUGGCCCAAGGCAUGGGAGGGCAAGAAUCCCCUACACGGUGGCCGCACCUUUGCGACCAUGUCGCCCGAAGAACGGCUCGAACUCCUACGAGCUUUGAUCCUCUGGUCCCUCUCAUCAUCGGAUGCGAUCCAAGCGAAAAUCAAGGAGUCUUACAAACAGUCGCGCCAUGAUGAUGACCUCAACCAGCCUCUUUCAGUUCAGCCCUGGGGCAGGGACAGCCUGAAACGUCGAUAUUGGCUUAUUGAGGGCCAAGAUGAUACCCACUUCCGGUUAUACCGUGAGAGCAACCCUGCUCUCAAGACCGUUACCUGGUGGAGUGUUGCUGGCGACAUCCCAGAAAUACAGGCCAUCGCCGAUAGAUUGCAGGAAGAGAAGGGUACCAACUCGAAGAAGCUUAGCGAACGGAUCAGAGCUGCCAUUCCUCGUUUCGAGGCUUCGGAAGAGAAACGCAAGCGCCGCGAUUACCGUCUUGCACGCAAGGCCGCAUUCGCCCGACCAGAACCUGGGUUCUCUUUGUAUGAGGGCCGCACCCGUGGCAAAAAGUUGAAGUACACCUACGAUGACGACGAGGACAUUUUUUCAGAUGAUCAACCUACUAGACGAUCAGCUAGGAACUCAUCCGGUGUGACAGCAGCUGAACCUUCGCGUCCACGAUUCACUGCGAGUGGCCGCCAAGUCAGGUCCCGGGCCGGCGGCGCGUACGGCGAAUCAUUGCUCAGUGGCCAGCGCGAGGACUCUGAAUAUGAGGAAGAAGAUGGCGCAAGGCCGCAAAGGAGUCGGACAUCGACUCAUCCUAACGGCUAUUCAGGGUACGGCUUUGAUGACCUAGAUGACGAGUCGGAAGCUCGUUCCAACGACAGUGGAAACGAAUGGGACGGUGAAGAUGAGGAGGAAAAUGAUUUCGAGGGCGACGACGAAGGAGAGGAUGCGAGCGGGGAUGAAUCCAUCGUCAAUGGGGAGCCCAGAAGCCUCGUGGUUCAACUUCGAUACAGCAAGGGCAAUUCGUCUGGUGGACCUAAAGAUCCAGACGAGCCUCCUCCAGCAAAGGAUGCUCUAAUGGAAGAUGCUGAGCAAGCUGGCCGAUCUCACGAAACAUAUGUUUCUAAAGAAACAGCGCAGCCUAUCCGAGCAUCAGAGCCUGCAGCAGCUCCGUCCGUGACUGCACCGACUUUCGCUUCGGUGCCAGCACCUCAGAUGCCUGCUCAGCCAGCAGCCCCCAAGGUGACCGCACUACCUAUGUCUGCGCUCCUGAACACCCCAGAGCCUGCUGCUCAACCACCAAUUCACCCCGCCCCCACGCCGUCAGAAGCACCAAAGACUGCCCAGCCAGUCGCUUCAAAUGGCUGGAAUGGGUCUCAUCCCGGUGCUGAGUAUUGAUUCAGCUCCAAGCUGACUCGUGUACAGAGCCGCCGACCAACUGAGCGGCUUUUAAUUAUCUCUACUUUGUCAGAUAGGCCGGCACAGGUCUAAUGUUGUCUACUCCAAUGAUUGAGGAUUAUACGCAGUUUGCUUAGAAUGGAGGUAUAACGCUUCGCUUCGCUUCCCGUUGGUCAAUUCAGGUGCGGUAGAUAGAAACCAAUAUGAAAACCAUGAUAACAAGCUCAGAGUCCGAGCUGAAACCAUUGGUCUGGUUUACAAAAUGCAAUUUGAAGGUAGUCGGAG